CUGCCGGUGAGCGGAAGCGGAAGUAGAGAUCUCCUGGAGAUUAGUGUGUUUACAUCUCUGUAGCAUCCUCCGCGCACCCGGCAUCACCGCCGCUUCGCACAACAGAGUCCUGACAUUUAUUUCCAUAUCCCCGCUAGCUUGAACGCCGUUCCUGAAACGUCUGUGUAACUUUCCCGCUGCGGGGGUCAGAGUCGUGAUUCUGGACUUUAGCUGCGGGAUAGUCGUGCCGGUGUCGGCACAUCCACAAUCUGUGGAAUCUGUGGAAGUGGGACACGCGAACAGAUGGUGCUUCGGAUGCGUCUCCCGCUUUUCUAUAUGUAAAGAUGAAUUUCUGUCAGUGAAAUGAAUGAUUUUCCCACAAAAGGAUGAGUGUCUAGGCUGAGGGAGAAGGAAGAAAUCUGUAUCUGAAGAUUGAGAUUGAUGCGCGACGUGUCCGGCCGCGCGGCUUCAACUUAAUCCCUGUUGACGCGCGACUGUCUCGGUGAACAAUGGUGGACAACCGUUACGCCACCGCGCUGGUUAUCGCGUGCGUGCUGAGCCUGCUGGCCACCGUGUACCUGUCCGUGGCCAUUGGGACGCAGCACUGGUACCAGUACAGCAGUCCCACCGUGCGCGGAGAGGCCAACCUGUCCGAGCUGAGGUCUCUCUACGAGGAGUUCAUGGAGGGGGAGUUCGACGAAAAGACCUACAGCGACACUCUGUUCAGACUCAACGGGACGGCGGGCCUUUGGUGGCGGUGUGUGCUCGUUCCCACCACCCCUCUGUGGUACAAGGAGCCAGAUCUGAAGAUGGAGCUGAAUUGUCGAAGCUUUACUGUACCGGAGCAGUUCACCCCCAAAUAUAAAGAACCAGGGAACCACAACAGUGGGGAGGACAUGCUUCGCACUUAUCUGUGGAGGUGUCAGUUUCUGCUGCCUCUGGGGUCUCUGGGUCUGGUGGUUUUGGCGGCCCUGACUGGUUUCCUCGCCUGCCUCUGCCGAAGCCUCGCACCGACUCUGGGUAUAGGGAUUCUUCACCUGCUCGCUGGUCUCUGCACCUUAGCGACGGUGUGCUGUUACCUGGCUGGGAUGGACCUGCUCCACCGGGUCUCCAUGCUCCCCGAUAAGGUGGACGGCUCUCUGGGAUGGUCUCUCUAUCUGGCUCUGGUUUCUUCGCCUCUGCACAUGAUGGCCGCCGCGCUGCUUCUGUGGGCGGCGCGCAGCCACAGCCAAAACUACUACCGCAUGACUGCCUACCGCGUGGCGUAGUAGACGGCUCGAAACCCAUCACAACAAAAUAAAAAACGAGCAAGUAAAUCUGCAUGUUGCACAUGAUCAGAUAAUACACUCCAUUCUUAUCUAUAGGUUGUGUUUUUUUUAACAUUUAAUGAUAUCUGGUAUCCCGGUCACAAUCCAAAACGAUCAAACAUCCACAAAAAGUCUUUAAUAUUGCAAGAAAGAAAGAAGAUCUAACAACCCUAAUUGUGCUGUGAUCUAUAAACUAAUGGACACGUAUGACUUGAAAUGGGAAAAAAAGCUACAACUGCCAUCGGUACUAAAAAUACAUUUGUGUUUUUGUCAUAAAGUGUCCAAAAAUAACAAAAAAAAA